AUGGGGGCAUGUGUUCACUUCUCCUUCAGCUCUAAGACCCAUCUGGUGCAGACCUAUGCAGGCUCUAUGCAUGCCGCUAUAGUCUCUACGUCUUACUCCAGCUUGGCAGUCAGCAAGGAGAUCAGAGUCCACUAUGAGGAGGCUGCAGCAAGAUUUACUGCUACAUUUGCUACACUGAUGCUCAGCUUCACAAGAAAUGCAAUACGUUACUGUGUCCAGCACAUGCAUUUUACUUACAACUUGUCAGACACACAAUAUUUCACCAAUGCCAGCACCAAGGGGAUCCACUCUGUGGACUCCAUAACUGACAUCAUGGCAGACAUCAAUAAAACAUACUGAUGUUUGAGUGCUAUCCAGAUCCACAUGGAUAAUGUGACUGUCACACUCCACAAUGCCACUAUCCAGGCCUACCUGUCAAAUAACUUCAGAAAGGAAGAGAAACGCUGCACACAGGAUGGACCUUCUCCAACCAUUGGGCCUCCCAGCCCCUCACCGCCGCCCAGCCCCUCACCGCCGCCCAGCCCCUCACCACCGCCCAGCCCCUCGCCACCACUUGUGUCCACAAACCCCACUGUGACUAAAUACAAUGUGACUGGUGAAAACGGAACCUGCCUGCUUGCCUCUAUGGUACUGCAGAUGAACAUCACCUACUUGAAGAAGGACAACAUGACUGUGACCAGAGCAUUCAACAUCAGUCCAAAUGACACAGUUCAUGGGACCUGCAGUCUCCAUGUGGUGACCCUGAGAGUGGAGAACAAGAACAGUGUCCUGGAACUCAAGUUUGGGAUGAAUGCCAGUUCUAGCCUGUUUUUCCUACAAGAAGUCCAGUUGUACAUGACUCUUCCCGAUGCCACAGAGCCCACAUUCACCGCCUCCAACCUUUCCCUGAGAGUUCUUCAGGCCACGCUCGGGAACUCCUACAAGUGCAACACUGCGGAGCACAUCUACAUCAGCAAGGUGUUUUCCCUUAAUGUCUUCAGCGUCCAGGGGUUGGGUGCCUCAGUAACCCCAAUCUGCUGCCAAAACCUGGAGGGUUUCUGGAGAGUCAUUAGUCCUCAGUCCUCAGAACCUGGAAAUACUGAUUCUGAUAUCAUCAAUGGAAUCAGCAUCAGCAUCAACAUUAUCACCACCACACCACCACCUUCAUCAUCACCAUUACCAUUAUCAGCAGCGGCAGCAGAAGCAGUAGCAGCACCAAGAGGACAAAUUAGCUUAUCCUGA